AUGUUGCCGCCUUCUGUUGGUAUGUUCAGCAAGAACAAGGCUAGCAGAACCUCGGUCAAUGAUAGCAAUGGUGCUGCUGCUGCUGCUUCGGUUUCUCCAAAUCAGAAAGAGGGGAAUGGCCGUUUACCUGUGAAAGCUGCAUCGAAUACAAGAGUAGAUUCUAGGUCUCCCUAUCCCAAUUAUCCAGAUUUGAAGCCACCGUCUUCCCCGAUUCCUUCAAAACCAGGCAAUUGA